CGAGGGAGGUAGCGCCGCGCUUUUCUCUACUCGCGCUCACACGCGUCGCAUAACUACACGCGCUUUGUCGUAUUAUUCCAUCAGUUGAUUCCUGUGAAUGAUCGAAGAUUGCUAGCGAGUGAUUAGAUAAUGUUGGCGAGUGUUUUGUUAGUAGGAUAUUAAAGGUUGGUGAGUUAUAGUGUAGAGGAAUGAUGGUAGUGUGGCAGAGGGGUGUUGCUGCCGCCAGGACCUGAGACCGGCGGUGACGGUUCUUCAUGACACCCGCCUCGCCUCGCUGGCUCCCACGCCCUCCUGCCGGGGCUCGCUAGUGCUGGGUGAAGGUAUCUGCAGCGCCUGCAGCAGUGUGUGAGGGUGUUGGGCCCCGGGGUCAGCCAUGGCGCCCUGUCGCCUCUUGCCGCGCCUCACGGUGUUGCUGGCCGUCUCUCUUCUUCAAGAUAUGGCGGCGGGAGCACACCUGGGCGCUCCUGACUCAGACGAGAUCGACUACAUCCCCAAGCACACGGCGGCGGCCUCCCCGUCCCCGGAGACCCGCGCCUCCCGCCUCCCCAGUGUCCUCACCUCCCUGGAGAUCCCGCCCUCCUACCUGGAGGAGAUCUUGAGGUCGGAGAAGUCUGUGCUCAAGUCUCCUGAGAGUAUCCAGCAGCGACAGUUCGAUCCCCAACUGCACACCUACAACCGCGACUACCAGCACGCUCUUCCCUACAACGGACAAAUAUACCAGCAAGACCACCAACAUCAGGGACAGUAUUACGAAGGUAAACACCAUUUUGAGCCGAAUUCACAGCAUCAAGAAGACCAGCGCCGUAAUUCUAUGGCUAAGAACUUUGCUGGUCAGUAUUAUAAAGGUCAACACGUCCAGCACCCACACACCCAACACCAGCAGUAUCUAGACCAGAAGCAUCAGCACCAGAACAUGGACUCGCCUGUGUACGGCGGGGCGCUCGACGGCACCAACGGUGCGCACACCGGUGGCGGCCCCACCCGCGGCCUCUACACUGGUGGGGUUUACACCAGGAUGUUCUACACCGGCGGUGAUUCAACCUUCGGUGUUUACUCUGGCGCUGUUCCGUCCGACGUUGUGUACUCUGGCCGUGUUAACUCUGGCGGCGUGUACACUGGGGGUGUCAAGGCUGAUGGCAUUUACUCUGGUGGUGAGGACACUUACGGUAUCAUGAAGCCUCUGGGUCCCCACUCUCAGUGGUCAGAUGAGAGCAAGCAAGAUUACCCGGGUGAGGUGCUGCAGGAGGUGGAGACCACGUCACUGGGGCCCAGAUUCGACAGGAGUCUCCCGAGGAAGGUGAAGGUUCAGGCGGGCAAGACGGCAGAGCUCGCCUGCAGGGUCCUCGACAAGGCAGAAAAGAAAGUGUCAUGGAUCCGACACGGGGACCUGCACAUCCUUACUGUAGACGAGUACAAGUACAGCUCGGACAAGCGGGUGUCGGUGAGGCUGGAGGAGGAGCGCAAGGAGUGGGUCCUCAUCAUAGACAAUGUCAAGGAGGAGGACUCUGGCAUGUACGAGUGUCAGGUCUCUGGCAAAUCCGUCCUCAGCUUUAUCGUCAGCCUCGAGGUUGUAGUGCCCAGAGCGGAGGUGGUUCACGGGCCGGGCAUCUUCGUCCACCGGGGCUCAACCAUCAACCUCACCUGUGUGGUAACUCACGGUACCCAGCGACCCGUCUACGUCUACUGGUACCACUACGACAAGGUGCUGGACUACGAGGGUCGAGGAGGUGUGGUAGUGUUCACGGAGGCGAGCACCAACACCGUCAGCCACCUGCUGAUGCGGGACGCGAGGCCCGAGGACUCCGGCGUGUACUCCUGCCGGCCGUCCAACGGGGAGGACGCCUACGCUACCCUCCACGUCCUCGACGGUGAGCACCGAGCAGCCAUGCAGAGUGAGGCCAGGACCCGAGGGGACGCACCAUGGCUUGUCAUCACUCUACACCUCUGCCUCACCUCUCUCAUUCACCUCUACAUGAGUAAAGUUGAGGCUGCUCCAUAAGCAACUCAAACUGCAGGAAGGAACAGCAGGUAUAGGAAGAUUUGAUAUAAUACCGGACAUUUACAGUCUCCGUGGUGUAGUGGUAAGACACUCGCCUGGCGUUCCGCGAGCGCUAUGUCAUGGGUUCGUAUCCUGGCCGGGGAGGAUUUACUGGGCGCAAUUCCUUAUCUGUAGCCUCUG